AUGGAACGACAUCCUGCGACAUCAGAAGUGGGCAAUGAGCCUGAAAGUCCUUAUAGCGGCGAAUCGAACGCUGAGGAAAAUAUGUGGAAAAAAUUGUACGAGCAGCAAAAUCAAGAUUUCGUAAAAUUGUUACGAUUGGUCAAUUCUUCCUCGGCUGUAAAUAAUGAUGUUCAGCUACCUGAAUUUGAUCCAGAGGGACACAACGUUAAUGCACGUGCUUGGAUAUCUACAGCGGACAUGUGCAUGAAAGAGAAGCCUUUAAAAGGUUCGUCUUUGAUGUUGACUUUAAGCAGAGCUUUAAAAGGACAAGGAGCUAUUUGGCUAACGCAAGUUUCUUAUCCGGAUAUGACUUGGAACGAGUUUAAGGAAAUUUUUAUAUCGAGAUUUGAUUUCUCUGAAACGAAUGCUGCGUUCUUGAUCAAUUUGGUUAACAACAAGCCAAAGGAUGACGAAUGUUUAAUUUCGUAUGCUGCGACUAUAGUUACGUCUUUGUCAUCAAAAUGGAAAACUCUUUCUACAGAGGAAAUUAUUGUGUCAACGGUACUGGCACAUUUGGCGCAGUUUGAUUUCCGUAUUCAUCGGUUGGCGUUUACAACAAGUAUACAGACAAGGAAGCAACUGCAGCAAGAGUUAAGUUCGAUGUCAUUUUUGAAAAGAAAACUUUCUACUGGUUUAAAUGAUCGCGACCGUUUUGAUGUUAAGCGUCAAAAGUUCGGUGUUGUUUCUUCUAUCAAGUGUUAUAUCUGUGGAAAACCUGGCCAUAAGUCUGUUACGUGCAAGUUUCGGUUUGGUAAUGACGACAAAUCAAUAUCUGUCAAGAAGGAUUCAGCAAGUAAGAGCGUUUCCAGUAACAACAAUGCAUCGGUAACCUGUUUUCGUUGUCAAAAAGUUGGCCAUUAUGCCUCAAGUUGUCCGAAUGUGAUUAAGAAGGCUGUGGGUGUUGAUUCAUCAAAUAAUGCUGUUAAUCAUAGGAUUGAUGUUUGUACCAUAAAGUCACCACUAGGUAUUUUGCGGCAAUCAGGUUAUGAUAUCAUGAUCGGGCGUGAAAUUCUAAAUCAAGGCGUGAGUGUAAAAAUGACGUCUAGCGAAUUAGUUUUUAAUAAAAGUGAUGUUAACGUUAACAUUUGUCACGUAGAAAACCAUUUCUUGAAUUUUGAAGAUUUAGCUACUGAUAUUCCUUCUGAAUUUAGAUCAGAGUUGAUUACUAUGUUAAAUAAUUAUAAAACAAGUUUUACUGAAGGUACUCCUUGUAGGUCUACUGUUGUGGCUUCUAUGCAAAUACGUCUUAAGGACCCUAACAAAACAGUUAAUAGACGUCCCUAUCGGUUAAGUUUUGAAGAGCGUAAUAUCGUUCGCAAAAAGAUAAAUGAACUAUUGAACGCGGGUGUGAUACGACCUAGCUGUUCUCCUUUUGCUAGUCCAAUUUUACUUGUUAAAAAGAAGGAUGGUUCCGAUAGAAUGUGUGUUGAUUAUCGACAGUUGAAUGAUAACACAAUUCCUGAUCGAUUCCCUUUACCACUAAUAUCGGAUCAAAUCAACAGAUUACAUGGAAGUUGUUAUUUUACUACGUUGGACAUGGCUAGUGGUUAUCAUCAAAUACCGGUUGGUUCUGAUUCGAUUGAAAAGACAGCUUUUGUGACACCAGAAGGUCAUUACGAGUAUCUUGCCAUGCCAUUUGGAUUGCAAAAUGCUCCAGCUGUGUUUCAGCGUGCUGUUAUGAAGGUUUUAGGAGAACUAGUUCAUUCUUAUGUAGUCGUUUACAUGGAUGAUAUACUGGUGUUGGGUACAGAAGACGUUAGGAAGAGUUUGGAAAGAAUAGAUAUGGUUUUGAAAGUACUUACAGCGUCGGGAUUUUCGCUUAAUGCUAAAAAGUGCUCUUUCAUGAAGCGAAAAGUAGAAUAUCUUGGCUAUGAAGUAAGUGAAGCUACUGGUAGUUCUCGUGCAAAUGGUCAGGUAGAACGAGUAAUGAGUACUCUUAAAAACAUGCUUACUGCUGUAGAGACGAAUAAAGAACGAUCGUGGCAAAAUGCUCUCGGGAAGGUUGCAAGGCCACUUGAUCUUAUGUGGUUAGAAGAACUAGAAUCAGAAACUGAGAUUGAUGAAUUUAGACAAAAUGCUGUGGAAAAUAUUGAUCAGAGUGCGAACUAUGAAAAAAACAGAUUUGACAAAAAUAAAGCUAGUGUAAAUAAAUUUGUUGUGGGUGAUUUUGUUUUACUGCAAAAUGAGGAACGCAAUCAGACGAAACUGGAUCCCAAAUAUAGAGGACCUUUUAAAAUAAUUGAAAAUUUAGAUGGGGAUAGAUAUAUGCUGUCUGCUCCGCACUCUAAUCGUAUUUAUAAGUAUGCUCAUGAUCGUUUGCGGAAAAUGCCUAAUGGUGCUGAUUUUGUAGAUGUUGAAGAUUUUGGGGAUAAGGAAGAUAUCACAGAUUUGUAA